CAUUGCUACACUAUUUUCUUACUGUUAAAUGAACUAGGUCCUUACAACAUUAUUGAACAAAGCAACGGUCGGUUCCACAAUCGAAAUGACGCUAAAUAUCAGAAAUCUAGACAGUUCUUCGGAAGAUGUAAAGUCUCAAAGCGGUGAUGAUUCUGGAACAUUGGGCAUAGACAUCGAAAUUGCUCUCAUUCCUUGUGCUGAAAGUCAGGCGAAGGUCGAAGAAAUUUGCAAGUCAGACUUUCUUCCUAAUCAAAUCGAGCUGUUGAGAGGAACUGUUGAGGUAGCAGGAUCUGCUGAGGAAGGAAGGCAGGCAGUGGAAAUUUUCUUUGAGGCACCACAAAGGUCAGAAGAUAACGCCUAUCCCGUCCCUACCGAUCUAUCCAACUUAGAUGGUGACAGCGAAGGCUACCACGCCUUGGAGAAUUUUUAUGAACUUCUCAAAGACAUGAAAAUAGCUCUUUAUGCUAUGGAGAAUAGCCAUUUCGCUAAACACCUGACGAAUUGUCUGACGAAUUGGAGUAUGAACAUCACACAUUUUUCCAUAAAUGAAUUACGUCAACAGUUAGAUAGCGUGGGAAGCGACAGGACUCUUAAAGAUGCGGUGUCAAGCCCACCUACUACCAGCGUCAGCUAUCCACAUCAAGCACCAUUUCCAGUGUCUCCAGGCAGCCCAUACACAAGCCCGGCCACGACAGAAAAUGAACGAUACGACACCACAGAUGCUAAAUUCAUCAUCAUAGACGAUGACAUCCCCACUCUGAAGAGACAGAUUAUGAAUCGACAGGCAGCUGUAGCGUCGGACGCAUCCAUUCGACCUCGCACAAGUAAUCGUCGUACGAAGGGUGGGUUCAAUGGCAGGCUUGACAUCCGCUAUCCUGAAAUUUCACCUCAAUCUACCAUUAUAUUUUUCACUUCAUUGAAAAAUUAUAAGCAAGUGAGAGAGAUCAUGAUGUCAAACGUCAACCCAUGGUCAAAGCAAUCCUAUGCUCUUGCACACAUAGUAGCCGUUCCAAAACCAGCUUGCCCAAGAAGAAUUCUCACAGCUUUAUUCACAGCCUGGAACAAGAAAUCGGUCGAUCCUCAAUUCACUCCAAUUGCUUCUCUGCCCACCAGCCCAUUGACUUCAAAUUCAUCAUAUAGUAGCCAGUCUAAUUAUCAGGAACAUAUGUCACCACCUACACCCCAUGGAGAUGGGUACAUCAUGGUAGAUUCAAAUGGAAGAAAACAUGAGCGUGGCAUAGACAGCCCGUUGGCAAGGGAUACCGAGACUGGGCACUAUUUCUCUCCUUCAUAUUCUACGUUACACCCGUCCAUGGGUAAUUCUCUCAAAAACCAUGCCUCUCCUGCUGGAAUGGUAGUUGACGAAGGGAUGCUGUUUGUACCUGGAAAUCGUACUCCACAUUCGCUUCCAAGGACCAAGAAUCCUACAAAGAAAUCACAGCUAUCACCCAAAGCACAGAGCCCCACCAAACAAGACAAGUUCCUCGAAGCACCUCAUCCGAAUGAAACGUCAGCCGAUUACAACGCCUCUGGUAUACCAAAGACGAGGACUCCGUAUACGAACUCAAAUGAGUUCCUUAAUGGUGGCUCACCUGCCCAUAUGGCCGUUGGAGAUGAUCUAUCCUCCAAGGUAUCGGAUACUUCAACGUGCAAAAGCGGAACUAGUCCUAUUACCAUCGUAACGGAUACUACACACAGUAGGAAUACGACUCCAGAUUUGGAUGACAAACUGGGAGAUGCAAUGCCCCCAGUAGACGGUCCACUUCCUACUCCCCAUUUGACAGGUGAUAUGCAAGUAGAUUAUCAAAAGCAAGCACCUGAUCAAUUGCAGCCUCCAAAGUUGCCGGACAAGGCGACAUUACGAAGAGCAUCGCUCAAACGAAAGAAGAAGCUUUCUUUGAACAAGUCUGUCAGUCCUUCCAUUCAGGUUCUUAUCGUUGAAGAUAAUAUCAUUAACCAAGUGAUUUUGUCGAAAUGGAUGAAAAAUCAUGGCAUCAAGUACGAGGUUGCAAGUAAUGGCCAAGAGGCAUUUGACAAGUGGUCUCAAGGAGCCUUCCAUCUUAUUCUGAUGGACAUUCAACUGCCAGUCAUGGAUGGUAUUACUUGUACCAAGAAAAUUCGAGCAGUGGAGAAGGAAAACAAGUUGCAGCAAAUGCAACAAAGCCUUCAUAGAGAGGUGCCACGGUCUCUGUCUUUCGAUACACUGGGUUCCAUGGAAGAAAAAGCAACGGAAUUCCGAUCACCUGUCAUCAUAGUAGCUUUGACAGCCUCUUCUCUUGAUAGUGAUCGUCAAGAAGCCCUGGCAGCUGGUUGCAAUGACUUUUUGACCAAACCUGUAAGCAUGGAAUGGUUGGACCGAAAGAUCACAGAAUGGGGAUGUAUGCAAGCCUUGAUAGAUUACGAAGGUUGGCGCCAAUGGCGAGAAGCAAAACAAUCAGCAACAUCUAAUCAAGUCGUCGACGAUAAACAACCGGACAUCAUCAGUAAACCGGUACAGCCAGAGAGAAAGGCUAGUUCAUCGACUAAUCGCUCUGGAGUUAUGAUGAAAGGAGGCUCAGCUAUCAAACCACCUUCACAGCGGUCAGCAACGUCCUGAUUUCAAAAAAUUAUGUUAUUAAAAAUAUACCAAGCCAAAAUAUUUAUUUGAUGGUUCGUAAAUAAUUUAGCCUUUAGCAAUUUUGACUUUGUAAGUAGAAAACAAGAAAACAAUAAAUAGCUGUUAAAUAGCUGUUACGAAAACAUAU